AUGUUGAUGCCAUCAUUGCCCUUCGACCUCAGGAGCAUCGACAGCCAGAUCCUCUUCUCCAACUGGGAGAAAAUGGCUCCCACCCUGAGGAAAACUUCAGGUCAGUCUACUCCUAACAGGGCGCAGCACCUGGUAGUCCUCGUCCAUGGCCUCUGGGGCAAUCCCAGCCAUCUCAACUACAUCGCAGAAGCCCUGCGUGACCGGUACAGUGGGGAGGAAAUCAUCGUCCUGGCCUGCCGCAGAAACCUAGGCAGUCUCACUUAUGACGGUGUGAAUGUGGGCGGAGAGAGGGUAGCGAAAGAAGUGGAAGAUCAUGUGGAAGAACUCGAGCGAAGCGGACACAACAUAAAUCGCAUGUCGGUGGUGGGCUAUUCACUCGGCGGGCUCGUUGCGCGGUACGCCAUUGGACUGCUUUACCACAAGGGCUACUUUGAGAAGAUGACCCCAGUCAACUUCACGACAUUUGUUACCCCCCAUCUGGGUGUCCGCACGCCCUUGACAGGAUAUCAGAAUCAUCUCUGGAACGUGCUGGGCGCUAGACUCUUGUCCACGUCCGGCCGACAACUAUUCAUGAUCGAUAAUUUUCGAGAUAGCGGCAGGCCAUUGCUGAGCGUCCUCGCAGACCCUGACAGCAUCUUCAUCCAUGCCCUUGCUCGAUUUCAGCAUCGCACGCUGUACACCAACAUCGUCAAUGACCGGUCCGCAGUAUACUACACGACCGGAAUCUCCAAGCAUGAUCCAUUUGUUGAUUUGACAAAGGUCAACCUACAUUAUGUCAACGGCUACGAGCCCGUGAUACUGGACCCAGACCAUCCAUGUGAUCUGAUACCUCAGGAAGAGGUGCCGUCUUUGUACCAAAGAUUCCAGAUGCAUCGCCACCAGUAUCUGCAACGCGCCCCGAUAUUGCUUGCGCUGGUGGCUCUUCUCCCCAUCAUCUUUGUGGCGUUUGUGGUGAAUUCUGGCAUCCAGACACUGCGCAGCCGGCGGAGAAUCAUGCUUCAUGAGGCCGAUCAUCAUGGCGAAGGGUUCGGACUGUACAGAAUCCCCUGGAUGGUCCAGGAUAUGCGUGUUGGCCUUGAGAAUGCUUUCGAGAAUGUGAAUGCUUCUCAGGAACAGGAGUAUCUACCGGAAGGCUCGGAGGAGAUAGCAGAUGCAAUAGUAGAGGAUCCCGUUUCGUCUACAAUGGCCUUUGCAAAGACCUCGUCUGAACCACUAUUGCCUGAGAAGUCAGACAGCGAUGAGCCUUUACUCUCUGAGAGGCCGUCCAGUUUCCCGACCUUAGCACUGACCACAGCCCAGUUCGCCAUGGUCAAGGCGCUGGAUGAUGUGGGAUUCCGCAAGUUUCCCGUAUACAUCCACAAAAGCACCCACAGUCAUGCAGCGAUCAUUGUGCGUAUUCCGAAACCAGCAUUUGAGGAGGGCAAACUGGUGGUCAAACACUGGUUGGACAAUGAGUUCCACAUCUGA